CUUUUAAAAAAAUCUAUGACAUUGUAUUGCGUAACAUCAGUGCUGUUAGUAAACAAAAGUCCGUUAUAUGACUCAUUUAUACAUCUUUUCAAGAUACGAAUUUGUUUAAAAUCAUUGUUGAUUUCAUUGAAUAAAAUGGAUUCCAUUUUGAAAAAAUCUAAAAAACUCAUCGAUUCUGUUGUCACUUUACCAGCAAACAAAAAUUCUAAAAGCCGUUAUCUCAGCCUGAAUGAGGGACUUACACAGAACACUCGAAUUUGGAUUGAAGGUAAAGUUAAUCCGGCUGCAUCGAGAUUCGAAAUCAAUUUAUGGUGUGCAUCAGUGGUCAGUGAAGACCUAGUUAAAAAUGGUGAUAUCGCUAUGCAUUUUUGUGUUCAUCCAUCUGCUGGCUAUGCGUUGCUGAAUUCGAGAACAGGUAAAACUUGGGGACAAGAGGAAAGAACACCAAGAGGACGGUUACCAAGGCCGCUACUUCAAAAUCAAAAUUUUCGUUUAUGCAUCGAAGCUGAACCUAAGCAAUACCGAAUUGAUGUAAAUGAUAAUGAAUUUGUGACAUUCAUUCAUCGACAUCCAUUCGAAAGCGUUGGUCUACUAAGCUAUGAAGGUGAUUUUGAAGUCGAAAAUAUUUUUAUACAACCACCACCUGCCAUGGUAAGCCAUCCUUUAGCAGAGGAUAGUCAUAUUGUGAACGAUUUGAAAUGGCCAAAACUUCCUCUUUUAUUGCCAAUCAACUCAGGGCUUCAAAUUGGAAUGAUAUUCACCAUUGAUGGUCGUGUGACAGGUAAUCGUUUCGAUAUCAGCUUGUAUCAAGGUUCCAAUCCCUAUGAAGAUCCUAACGCAAAUGUACCAUUUCAUAUGGAAAUCUAUAUGGAUUCCAAGGCAAUUUUACGAAAUUCUUAUCAACAAAAACAAUGGUGUCAACCGGAAAAAGAAUUAACACAUUUUCCAUUUUUUGGACAUAGUGCAUUCAAUUUGCAGAUUCGAGUUGAAGGCAACCGAUAUCAAGUGAGUGUUGGUGGUCGUUACGUUUAUGAUUUUUACCAUCGAAUCAGUGCCUUGUCCACUAUCAACCAUCUGUGCAUUCAUGGUGGUGUAGAAAUUCAUUCAUUAAUUAUAACAAUACCACCUCUUCAAUGAUAAACACCCUUAAAAAAUUAAAUAUAGAUAAUCCAAA